GGGGGCGGAAGAUGACAUGAUCAUAUCUUGGGGGAAAUCAUCACAAAGUGCUGUUUUGUUCCCUACUCUUUUUCUUUCUAUUUUGAGUUUAUUUUUAUUCUAACACAUAUAAAGUGAGCUAAUAUUAUAAACACGGAUUGCGAAAAGAAUUAUUUUUCGGCCUAUUCAAAAGUGGGAGAGAAUUCUUGGGAUCGAUAAUGCCACAUUCCCCAGUGAUUACAUCUAUAAACAAGUGACUUGACUUGGACUGAUUGGGAAUCCAUCAGUUUGGGGGUCCGUGACUGGUGUUCUUUUCCUCUUUCUCUCUUUUCCCUCUCCCUCUCCCUCAUUCACUUCUUGUGCCAUUACUUUAACAACCAUUGUUUCCCUACAGGUCUAUCCAAAACGCCCAUGCGACCAUCCGGGAACCAAUUAAUUACCUGACUGGUUUUUUCUUUCGAUCUACUUUACUUCGUGUUCCUCCCGUGUUUUGUUCUUCCCCUCCCCACUCUCAAACUAACAGUAACCCGGGAGGCUUUUCUGACUGCCUAAGCAAAGAAGAGCACUGCCUCUCUCACGCUCUCGCUUUUUUUGACUUUCGUGCCUUUUCUUCCGCUCGAUCGGGUUUUCUUUUUCGUAUUACUUCUUCCUCUCUCUCUCUCCCUUCUCCUCCGCCUCCCACCUUUGUUCCUUAAAUUCUCCGUUGACCCCAUCGUGGUCGUUUAUAUGGACCUGAUGAGCUCACGGUUCAAAUCGUUCACUUUUGGAACGAAAAGGAAUAAGCACAGUUCCCAGCCUGCGCCAGUCCAACAGCAGACCAAUUCAUCAAGCAAUAGCACACUCGUCGCCCCACCGUCGUCGGCUACCUCUCCAAGCUCCCCGCCUUCACACCAUAGUGGUUCAACAACGAGUCUCCCCAUGAACAACCAAAACCCCCUGGGGCGGCCCCCUAGCUAUACAUACCAGCGACCGACCAGCCCGAUGCCCCCAGGUCAGCAGUUGAGUCAUCAUCCCGCACCACUGAACACCAACCUGCACUACACGCAACAGGCGGUUCAGCCUUUGGGUGCUCCCCCGGGUUAUGGCAUGCAACAACAGGUCGCGACUCAUGGAAUGGCUCCGGGGAUGCCUCAGCCCCAGUACGGAAUCAGAAACCCUGCGGUCGAGGUCGAAGGCGCCGGUCGGAGUAAGGCCCAGUUGAUUGUCGGUAUUGAUUUUGGCACGACAUUCUCCGGUGUCGCAUUUGCCUUUGCGACCAACAACGAAGCAAGAGAGGACAUCAUUACGGAGUGGCCUGGUGCAGGAACUCACACCAAGCAGAAGAUUCCCACCGUCCUAUACUACGAUCAAUAUCAGAAAGUGGUGGGAUGGGGCCCGGACAUUGCGGAUGCGUUGGCACCCACGGGCUAUCCGAAACAAGGAGUACAGAAGGUCGAAUGGUUCAAACUCCAGCUCAUGCUGUCCGGAAACACAUACAUCGACCCAAUCAAUUUGCCGCCGCUGCCGCCCGGUAAGUCGGAAAUUGAUGUGGCUGCCGACUACCUCUUCAAGCUACGACAGGCGAUGCGCGCUCAGCUACAGAAGACCCUCGGAGAGGUGUUUACUCGAGAAGAGCGGAACAUCCGAUACUACCUCACCGUACCGGCAAUCUGGAACGAUGCGGGCAAGGCAGCGACACGAGCGGCGGCUUUACAAGCCGGGUUCUUGCGGGACGAGAACGACAACCGCCUGACGUUGAUAUCCGAACCGGAGGCGGCCGCUCUCUUCUGUGCGAAGACCGGGUUACUCAAUUUGAAGAUUGGCGAUGCGAUCCUGAUCGUGGACUGUGGUGGCGGAACCGUGGAUCUGAUCGCUUACGAGGUCGAAGAAGAACAGCCUUUCAGCGUGAUGGAAUGCACAGCUGGCUCCGGCGAUUCGUGUGGCUCAACAGCUCUGAAUCGGAACUUCAGCAAUAUCCUUCGGGCGAAGAUUCGAAAGAUGAAGCUCCCUGAUGGGUCCCGCACGGCAGGAAAGGUGUAUGCGAAGUGUAUCAUGGACUUUGAGAACCGCAUCAAGGCCGACUUCCGAAAUAAUGGGCAAAAGUGGGCCGUAGAUGUUGGUAUCGAAGCCGAUUUCCCGGAUGCCGGCAUCGAGGAGGGAUACAUGACGUUCACCAACGAAGAGAUACUCCAGUGUUUUGAACCCGUCGUCAACCGUAUUCUCGAAUUGGUGCGCAAUCAGAUUAUCGCCAUUCAAGCGCAGAACAAGUCUCUACAGAACGUUCUUGUGGUGGGUGGGUUCGGCGCAUCCGAGUAUCUCUUCCAACAAAUCAAGCUCCAUGUACCGCCCCAGUACCAAACCAAGGUUGUCCGGCCCAUGGAUUCGGUCGCCGCGAUUGUUAAGGGCGCCGUCACUGCUGGAAUCACGGAACGGGUGAUUACACAUCGUGUUGCGCGCCGACACUACCUUAUGGCCACAUUGCAGCCAUUCAAAGAAGGCUAUCACCCAGAGCAAUAUCGUGUUCCCAGCUUGGACGGCAGAGACCGGUGCAAGUACACACGACAAAUUUUCGUGCAGAAGGGUGAGCGGGUGAAGAUCGGAGAGCCGGUCAAGGUUAGCUUCUUCCGACAGGUUGCACCGGGGGCGACCCUGAUGUAUGAGGAUAUUCUGUACGCUUGUGAUGAGGACGUUUGCCCCGAGUACACGAAAGAUCCCCGCAUCAAGGAGGUUGUGACACUCACGUCGGAUCUAUCCCGCAAGAACUUGGAAACUGAUUUCGAGCGCAUGGAUACCCCUCAGGGAGUCUUCUACCGUGUAUACUUCGACAUCUACCUCACCCUCGACGGCAGUGAAUUCAGUGCCGAACUCGUCUGCCAGGGUGAGGUUAUGGGCCGCUGCCGGGCCAAAUUCCGGUAAAUUGGGGGCAUCCAGGCUCAGGGAUUCAUUAUUUUUAAAAAGGAAAAAAUUGCCAAUUGACAGACUUGUUUGACUGGCAACUGCACAGGGCGGGCGUUUAUACCAUCUUCUCAUCCAUUUCCCUUCUCAACCAUUGGAUAUUUUUGACAUGAACUUUCGGCCAAUGGUUUCAUCAUGGAGUUUACCUCUUAUACUUUAUUUUAUGUUCAUGCUUCAUGUUUCCUGGAUACCUUUAUAUGAGCUCACCUUGAUGAUUGAUUGAUUUAUUAAUCCAGUUAAUGAUAAAACCACCCAAUACUCACGAUACA